AUAAUUGUAAAUUAAGCACCAGGCAACGAAGCGCCAGCACGAAAGGAUGCUUUACUUGGAAGAUUAUGUCGAAAUGAUCGAGCACCUGCCACAAGAAUUGAGAGACCGAUUCACAGAAAUGAGAGAAAUGGACUUAGGUGUACAGAAUUCAAUGGACAGUUUAGAAAAAAAAGUAAAAACAUUUUUUGCAAAUGCAAAAAAAAUGAAACCUAGUGAAAAAGAAGCAGAAUAUGAAGCCAUUAGAAGAGAGUAUUACAAGACUUUGGAGGAUGCAGAUGAGAAGGUGCACUUAGCUAAUCAGAUGUAUGACUUAGUAGAUAGAUAUUUGAGGAGAUUAGACCAGGAAUUGCACAAAUUUAAAAUGGAACUAGAAGCAGAUAAUAAAGGUAUCACAGAAAUAUUGGAAAAGAGGUCAUUGGAGUUAGAUCAACCACCCACAAAUAGUAGUCAAAAAGAGAAUCGGUAUAGCUUUACACCAUCCAGUAGGUCAAGAGACAAUCACAGUCAUUCUCGGGCAGAAAAAAGGAGAGAUUCAAAUGCAUCCUCUACUUCAAUAGAAAAACGUUUAGCUAUAGAAAAAAUUUCCCCAAGUCUUCCUGAAUCGCGACCAGCUUCUGCAAAUUCAGGACCAAUUAUUGCCGCUACAAGCGUGCCAUCUACCCCUACAGCAAUCGCAAAUUCCGUCGGCUCUGUGAGUUAUAAUCUCGGGCACAUAGGAGCUGGUGGAAAUGCCAUAGCGGCUGCAGCAUCACAGGCAAUUGCUGCAACACAGCAAAUGCAACAGGGCAGACGUACUGCCAGCUUAAAAGCUAGUUAUGAAGCCAUUAAUACCGGGGGUGUACAUGCAGCAGAGUUUAGUAGAGAAUUGGCUGGUGCUGCUCAAACUGCCAUUGCAGCUAUACAAGAAACAACUAAGAAGCAUAAAAAAAAAGUAACAACUGCUGUCCCAAGUUCGAGUGUAGUUGCUGCUUCUGUUCAGCAACCCGUAUCACCUCCAGUUAUAACUACGAAUACACAAGUCGUAGAUUCGGAUAAUCCCGAUUGGACUUAUGAUCCAAAUGAACCAAGAUAUUGUAUAUGUAAUCAAGUAUCUUAUGGGGAUAUGGUUGCCUGUGACAAUUCAGAUUGUCCUUUCGAAUGGUUUCAUUAUCCUUGUGUGGGUAUCACUGCACCGCCAAAAGGCAAGUGGUACUGUCCUCAAUGUACAUCUUCUAUGAAGAGACGCGGAGGUCGGAAAAACUGA